AAGAAACAAAAAAGGAAACUUCCGCGCAAAAUGUCAAUACAUGUUUUGUUGCGAAUAUUUUACGAAAGUGCUUGUAAAAACUAUAGUAUCUUUUAAAAAAUACCAAGAUUAACUGCGUUUAAUUCAUCGCAACAAACCUGCGAGCUUCCAAUUUCAUAUAAUCACGUUCCGGCACCGCAGACUUUCAUCUUGUUUUCGCUACGAUGCAGAGGAAACCGGGUUAUCCUGUGGCCAAUUGCAACAUUAAAAUGCCUGACGGAGGUCCGUCACUGGACUUGUUGGCAGCGGAGGAGGACGGAGAACAUGUCCAGCGUCGGCAGCAGCUCAUCAACUUUGGGCACACACAGUGGGGAUUCAAUAAUUGGAGCUGGAGUGUCACUAAGCAGGAACUAGAUUUUGUAGAUUUCGCCAAUGGAAAGUACUGCGCGGGCGUCGUAGCAUUUGUGUCAGUCACGGUGAAGAGCUUUGACAUUCACAGGGAGAAUAUAGGCUAUGCAACCUCACUUGCCAGCAAUAAGGGAGCCGCUAUCUACAAGUCUAGAAAGUGUGCAGUAACAAACGCGUUACGCGAAACGUUGUUAAGCUUCGGCGGUAGCGUGGCGAAUGAACUAAUGGAGCUGAUAGAGUCGCAUAAGAGUGAGGUGUCGCCCGCGCCAGAGGCCGAGAACAACCAGAACAUAGCAAACAAACAUACAGAGCCUAAGAACGCGCCGCUGAAUAGAAAUAUUAGGAAGGAUUCGUUCGACAGUGUGUGUUCGACUGCGAACAACAUGCGGUCGCCGCACCCGCCCGUGCCGACUAUCAAGAAUGCUCCGGUAGUGCCGUCGGUGCAAGUGCCGCCAGUGCAAGUUCCGCCAGUGCAAGUGCCGCCAGUGCAGGUGCCGCCAGUGCAAGUGCCGCCGGUGCAGGUGCCGCCGGUGCCAGUGCCGCCGGUGCAGGUGCCGCCGACGGCGCGCUGCGCGGCCCCGCGGGCGCGGCCCAGCAACCCCAACGAGCCGCGGCUGGACAGCAUGAGCGAGGAGGAGGCCCGGGCGGAGCGCAAGCGCAGGCAGCAACGUGCGCAGGAGCAGUUCCGACUGCGGCAGGCGGGGAAGAUGAAGCAAGACGAUAACCAAGAGAGCAAACCCAAUUCGCACAGUAGUGGGUUCGACUCUUUGCUGAUGGACAUACCGACACAAGACAUCGAGAUAAUCUCGUCUCACUCCGGAGAUGACGGGAAGAGGACCUCGCCGGCCGGCGACCCUCACACCAAGAGGCGUGCCACCACUAUGAGUAGACUCGAUAUUGUUACUGAUUAGGGUAUAGGUUAUGAUUGGGGAUUGCCGCGUGGCCGCACCUUAUCUCGCUUUAACAAAUGAUGGUUCUGAAUGACAGAAAAGGACAGAGCAUGUGAAAGUGCGAUGCGGUGCGGCUAGAUAGUUGCACCCUAAGGGUCAGUUUACUACUAGGGCAGGUCGAAGCGCAUGGAAGCGUCAAUCCAAAACUUAACAAAUUCAACCUUAGGCCGGGUUUCCACUGACGCGGAAAUGGGCGGAGAUGUGCGAAUUUGACCAAUCACAGCGUUCGAGAAAGCGAAAAACGAAGACGCUUUGUCAUUCUCUCGCUCACGGUGAUUGGUCGAUUCCUGCACAUCUCCGCGUCUAUGGAAACAGCCUUAAAGUCCAUAGCGUAAAGCACACACUA